CCCAAUUUCUUUCACGAAAUCUAGGGAUUUGAGAAGGUGUGAUUCAUAGAUAUAGAGUGGAGUAAAAGGAAGGAAUAAAGGGUGGAAAAAGGGAGGAUCCAAUGGCUUUUUCUUGUUGAAUUCUUGACUUCGGGCAGGAUUUUGGCUUGAAUUUCGGUCGGAAAGUGGAGAUUUUGAUCGAGGUUUUUGUUGUUUAGUUUCUCUUCGGUUUCUCCGAUUCAGUGUGGAAAGGAGGAAUCGAAGACGGUGAAUAGACUCAUAGAGGAUGUCAGGAUUCGUGGGAGUUUUAGUCUCCGAUCCCUGGCUUCAGAGUCAAUUCACUCAGGUUGAGCUACGGAGCCUGAAAUCUAGAUACCUCUCUACACGGAGAGAAACUGGCCAUGUGACAGCCGGAGAUUUGUCUUCAGUGAUGGUCAAGCUAAAGGGUCUCAAUGAGGUGCUCACUGAGAAAGAGAUCUCUGCAGUCGUGGAUGAGUCUUAUUCAGAUUACAGCCAUGAAAUAGACUUUGAAACUUUUCUUCGGGUUUAUUUGAAUCUGCAACAAUGUGCUGCGGCUAAAUUGGGUGGUGCUAAGAACUCCUCAUCAUUCCUUAAGGCAACUACAACUACACUUUUGCACACUAUUGAUGAAUCAGAGAAAUCUUCUUAUGUGGCGCAUAUCAACAGCUAUCUCAGAGAUGACCCUUUUCUUAAGAACUAUUUACCACUAGAUCCAGCAUCCAAUGAUUUGUUUAACCUUGCCAAAGAUGGUGUUCUUCUCUGUAAAUUGAUCAAUGUUGCGGUGCCUGGAACAAUAGAUGAAAGGGCAAUUAACACAAAACGAGUCUUGAACCCUUGGGAAAGGAAUGAGAAUCAUACUCUUUGCCUCAACUCUGCAAAAGCAAUUGGGUGCACUGUUGUUAACAUUGGAACACAAGACCUUAUUGAAGGGAGGCCUCAUCUGGUACUAGGACUGAUAUCUCAAAUCAUUAAGAUUCAACUUCUUGCGGAUCUGAAUCUAAAGAAGACACCACAAUUAGUGGAGUUGGUUGAAGACAACAAGGAUGUGGAGGAACUUCUGGGCUUGGCACCAGAAAAAAUGUUGCUCAAAUGGAUGAACUUUCAUCUUAAGAAGGCAGGAUAUAAGAAGACUGUAAUGAAUUUUUCUUCUGAUGUGAAGGAUGGAGAAGCAUAUGCAUACCUUCUUAAUGUUCUUGCUCCUGAGCACUGCAGCCCUUCCACUUUGGAUACUAAAGAUCCUACUGAAAGAGCAAAGUUGGUACUUGAUCAUGCAGAAAGGAUGGACUGUAAACGAUACUUGAAUCCAAAAGAUAUUGUUGAAGGCUCACCUAAUCUUAAUCUUGCAUUUGUUGCACAGAUUUUUCAUCAUCGGAAUGGUUUGUCCACAGACAGCAAAAAGAUUUCCUUUGCUGAGAUGAUGCCAGAUGAUAUUCUAGUAUCUCGAGAGGAAAGGGCUUUUCGGUUGUGGAUAAACAGCCUUGGAAUUGUUACAUAUGUUAAUAAUGUAUUUGAGGAUGUCAGAAAUGGGUGGGUUCUUUUGGAAGUGCUCGACAAAGUGUCUCCAGGAUCUGUUAUCUGGAAGCAGGCAACAAAACCUCCCAUCAAGAUGCCAUUUAGAAAAGUUGAAAACUGCAACCAAGUUAUAAGAAUUGGCAAACAACUGAAAUUCUCCUUAGUGAAUGUUGCAGGGAAUGACAUUGUGCAAGGGAAUAAGAAACUCAUUCUUGCAUUUUUGUGGCAGUUGAUGAGAUACAACAUUCUUCAACUCUUAAAGAACUUGAGAUACCACUCUCAAGGAAGGGAAAUAACGGAUGCUGAUAUUUUAAUUUGGGCCAAUAAAACAGUGAAGAGCACUGGCAGAACUACUCAGAUGGAGAGUUUCAAGGACAAGAGCCUCUCAAGUGGAAUAUUUUUCCUCGAACUUCUCAGUUCUGUUGAACCCAGGGUUGUUAACUGGAACAUUGUAACAAAGGGUGAAAGUGACGAAGAAAAGAGGCUGAAUGCUACUUAUAUAAUCAGUGUAGCUAGAAAGCUUGGGUGUUCCAUCUUUUUGUUGCCUGAAGACAUAAUGGAGGUAAAUCAAAAGAUGAUUCUCACACUAACUGCGAGCAUUAUGUACUGGAGCUUGGAGCGGCAGCGGGCCGAGGACUCUGAGCAAUCCUCGGAGAUAUCGGUUGAGGAUGCGUCCUCUCAGAAAGCUCCUUCCUCUGAUGGAGAAGACGGCAGCAUUGCUGCAGAUAGCAUGUCAAACUUGACUGUCGAUGAUGCCGCUUCAGAUACCUCGAGUAUAGCUGCAGAUAGUGCAACUGCUUCAGUUGAAAAUGAGGGCCAAAAAGAAAACAUUUUAAUCUGAAUUAUAAUAGGCUAAUAGCCAAAGGGAAGAAAAAAAAAAAGAUCCACUUUUUGCUAUGGAGAUUACAGAACAAUGCUCUUUUGUUACUUGCAAAUAGGAUUUUACCCAAAUGAUUGUU